AUGGUCACCCGCCUGGCGCCGCUUCUGCUGCUCGUCUUCGCCGGUUCUGUCGUCCCUGAUGAUGCACCGACCCUGCUCGUCUGUGACAUCACCGGCUGGCCGUGGCACCCGGAACGCGGAUGUAAGGGGGUGGACCGUAAACUCGUCCCCGUCAAUAAGACACGGCCGCUUGGCGACUGGGGAGUCGCGUUCAACGAAAGGGUCACCACUGCUGAUGGGAAAAAGUAUAGCAUCGCCUACGCUUGCGCUCUACACCCGCAGAAGCCCGACUACGCCAGAAGAGCAUUCCUGCCGUUCCGCGCGGAUGCUGGAAACAUGCUUGGAAACGGGAUCCGGACCGCUGGGCUGAAUGUGAAUCGGCUAACACGCAGAGUCAGAGCGUCGUCGACAAGGAUGGUGUUAUCAAGGGGGGAUCUGACUUUUGUCGAAGGCGCCAGGGAGAGCCCGGCCAUGGCGGAGCUGCACAACCUCUAUAUUGGCGGCCAGACUCAAUUGGGCUACGCCAAGUACUUCGACCGAGCUGCCGACUUUGUAUAUAAGGAUCAUUGGCUGCCGACAACGACGACCACCACCACGGAAGCCACGACCACCACCACGGAAGAGACGACCACGACGGAAGAGACGACGACCACGGAAGUGACCACCACCACGGAAGAGCCAACCAGUGUUACUGCUCCGUUGGAUACCGCCACGAACACCUCGCAGACGGCCGGCAAUGAAGAGAAAUCGGAGGACGACCCGACGAUGAUCAUCGUGGGCGUCGGCGUGGUUGUCGUGCUCGUCGUCGUCGUCAUCAUCAUUGUUGUCGUCCUGAAGGGAAAAGGCGGCGGCAAGAAGGGCAAGAAGGGCGACAAGACCAAGACCGAGUCGAACACGGAGAGCGGCGAGAACCCGCCGGCCCCUGACGCCCCUGACGGUAUGCCGCCCGUCGUGAUG